AUGGACUCACGGACAGUGUUUGUGUCAUUAUGGAUGUUGCUGUCAUCCACCGCCAGUGGAAUCAGACUAGAUGGAAAUGGUUAUGUUGACAUUGUCAUUGCAAUCGGUUCAAAAGUACCACAGGAUGACACACUCAUUGAUAAAAUCAAGGAGAUGGUCACAGAAGGGUCGUUUUACCUUUAUGAUGCACUGGAUGAAAAGGUCUAUUUCAGAGAAGUUACAAUACUAGUACCACCUGAGUGGAACGGUACGGACUUUACCAGAGCAAGAACAGAGUCCUUUGGAAGGGCCAAAAUAAGAAUUGAUAAUGCUAAUCCAUUUUAUGGUGUUGAACCCUACACUAAUCUGUAUGGAGAAUGUGGAACUGAGGGAGAGUACAUUCAUUUCACCCCAGAAUACCUCCUGAAUGAUGAUUUAAUUGAGCUUUAUGGAGCAAGAGGAAGGGUCUUUGUGCAUGAAUGGGCUCAUGUGAGAUGGGGUGUAUAUGAUGAAUACAAUGGAAAACAGCCAUUUUACCACUCUGAUGGCCAAAUUGAAGCUACAAGGUGUAGCAAAGACAUUAUAGGACAAUUCCGUGAAGUAACUGCUGAAAGAUUUCUUCGACCAUGCCUCAUUGAUCCACAAACUUCACUAUAUACCGGAAACUGUACGUUUUUUCCAGACAGAAAUCAAAUCACAAACAGCUCCAUUAUGUACUUCCCAAGUCUGGAUCCUGUAACUGCAUUUUGUCAAGAAAAUGAGCACAAUAAUGAAGCUCCAAACAUGCAAAAUAAAAAAUGUGCCAACAAAGCAACAUGGACUGUAAUAUUUGAGGAUUCUGUGGAUAAAGACGCACUUCGUUCUCUGAAACCACCGGAGAUCCCUCCACCACCACCGUCUUUCCGAAUUGUGCAGCGAAAGACACGGGUUGUUUGCCUCAUCCUUGAUGUCUCAGGAAGCAUGCGGGGUCCUAGAAUAUUGCAACUGCAACAGGCUGCCACACAUUUUCUGCGAAACAUCUUUGAGGAUCAAGCCAGAGUUGGAAUUGUAACCUUUAGUACUUUUGCUUCCACUCUGAGUCCCUUGACUACUAUUGACAGUGACACCACAAGAGAGAAUCUUAUAAAAUUGUUGCCAAAAGCAGCAGAUGGAUGGACAAACAUGUGCUUGGGCCUUAGUCAAGGCUUACAGGUACUUCGAGGGGACAAUGGGAAUGUAUUAGGAGAUGAACUGAUUUUUUUGACAGAUGGUCAGGCAACGGAUGACAUUCGCAGUUGUGCUCCAAUCGCAAUAGAAAGCGGUGCCAUUAUACACACACUAGCUUUUGGUAACCGUGCAGAUCCUGUACUAAUAGAAAUGUCGGAUAAAACUGGGGGAAUAUUUUUAUUAGCCAGUGAUGAUGUCACAUCUAACCAGUUAAUGGACGCAUUUGCUUCGCUUAUAUUAUCAACUGGAGAUUACACAAAAGAACCAGUUCAGCUGGAGAGUGCUGGAAAAACAACAUCUGACUGGUUCAAUGGGACAGUAUCAGUGGAUCAGACUGUUGGAAACAAAACCAGCUUUGUAAUAAUCUAUGGAAUAGGUUUUCCUAGCAUUUACAUACAGUCACCAAGUGGCUUAGUCUACACUCAGACAAAUAUGAGUCAUGAUAGAUUGCUAAAAACAAUCACUUUGAACAUUCCAGGAACUGCAGAGCCUGGGGACUGGAAGUACAGUAUCCAAACUACAAUAAUUCAGUCUUUGACUAUAACAGUAACAAGUCAAGCUUCACAUGAUGAUGUUAACCCUAUCAUUGUCAAAACACACAUGAACCAGCAGUCCAGUGACGGCACUAAACCCAUGAUAGUGUUUGCGGAGGUUAGUCAUAAUUACAGGCCUGUAAUAAAUGCUGAAGUGUGGGCUACUCUGGAGUCAGAAACUGGGUCCGUACAUACAUUACAACUCCUGGACAAUGGGGCAGGAGCUGAUGCUUUCAAAGAUGAUGGAAUCUAUUCCAGAUAUUUUAUACAGCUGGAAAAUGGGAGAAACAGCUUGAAAAUAAGAGUGACAAAUCAAGAAGGACAAACCAGAUUUGCUGCCCAAAAACAGAGUGGCGCCCCAUACGUACCUGGAUAUGUGCUAAACGGUGUAGUGGAGCUGAACCCUCCAAAGCCCCCAGUUUCUGUGGAACCACUUGAGGUUGAAAACUUCACCAGAACAGCCACCGGAGAGAGUUUUGUGGUGACUCUUUCAGGCACAACUCCACCAAAUUUCCCUCCUAACAGAAUCACAGAUCUGAGUGCUGAGAUCCAGGAGGACACUGUGCUCCUCAGCUGGACAGCUCCUGGUGAGGACCUCGACCAAGGCACAGCUAAAUCCUAUGAGAUCAGGUGGAGCUUUGACCUCGAUAUGCUUCGAAACAACUUCAGCAAUAGCCAUGCAGUCAACACAUCUGGUGUCUCACCUCAGGAGGCUGGAUUAGUUGAACAGCAUUCAUUCAAUUUCAGUUUCCCAAUUCAAAAUGGCACCAUACUUUUCUUUGCGGUUCAGUCAGAAGAUGAACAAAAUGCAAAAUCUGAAACCUCCAACAUUGCUCAAGCUUCAAAGAUCCUCCCUGCUCCAAUACUUCCAGUAAUAUCAACCCCAAAACCUACAGGAAUAUCAACCUCAAAACCUACAGGAAUAUCAACCCCAAAACCUACAGGAAUAUCAAACCCAAGACCUCCAGGAAUAUCAAACCCAGGCAUGAAUUUGACAGUACUUGUCAUUUCUCUGUGUGCGGUAACUAUGGUCAUAUGUUUUAUUGUUGCUGUAACCACAUUGGCAGUCAGACGCAGAAAUCUCGCUGCUGAAAGUAAAGUAGCAUUAACAGUCUGAUGCAAACAAAUGUCAAAUCAAUUCUUUUGUCUAAUUUGAACAUAACUAUGUACAUCCAACAGUUUUAGAAAGUUUCUUAAAACAAUCAAUUCUAUCAAACAGAAUUUCUUUGUUUCUGAACAUUUUGCAGUAUGUGUACUCUUGCAAAGAUUAUUAAGAAGAAUUUCUGUUUUGUCUAUAAUGUGGAAUUCUGUGGACUGAAUAUAGUUUCAUAUUUAUUGAGUUAGUACAAACUGUAGUACAAAACAAAUUCUGAACUCUCUGUUCCUCAUUGACUGAUUCUGCUUUCAAGCAGCCCCCUGGUGGAGGACAUCAAAUUUCUAAUUAGAAAACAGUAACCUUUGUUUGUUGUCUCGUGCAAUGUCUGCUCCCGCUUGUGGUUGAAUAACAUUACAAUGUGACUUUGUUACAUUGUCUCAUAGUUCCAUUUUCUUUCUUUCUUUCUUUCUUUCUUUUUUUUUUUCAAAUAAAUGAAUGCCCAUCUAUUUUUUUUUUUUGUUUGUUUGUUUUUGUUUUUGGUAUCCUGUCCCUGACUGAAGUUGUCCCCAAAAUGUCUACUUUGUGUGUAUGGUAAUUUCUAGAACAGAACAGAACAAGAAUUCGCCCAGACACUGAUGUGCCCAGACUUGAAAAACUAUAACUAGAUGUCAUGUUAUGAGAUUUUUGUUGUACUUCUACUUUGUUAUCCUUACUAUGUAUUGUACAGUAUGUGUA